ACUCAGUGGAAGUUCUACCGAGUCAUUUUGCUUGUGUGUGAGUCAGUGUGACAGUCACCAUAAUAUGUUAGGCAGGAGCUGUGGCUUGUAAGGGCAAGUGACAAUGCUGUUGUAAGGAGUGGGAAAGCCCAUUCUUUGGUGCCACCUCUCCUAUUGAGAAUGACACACCAGGCAAAAAUAUAGGGAUGGUGUGGCAGGCUCGCGAGUAUCAUUAUUUUCACAAUCUGUUUACCCAUGCUUUUGUUUAUGCCAUCCCUAUAUUCUCUCCUCCUUUUAAAAUUAGCAGGAUUUUUAUUGAGGAUAAUUGCUAAGCUGUGAGAGUUUCUUGGGAAAGAAUUUUUAGGGUUUCGUGUGUCUAGAAAGUUGGAGGAAAGCAUGGUUUGUGUUAGGUUGUGAGUUAUGAGUGGAAGAUUUUCCUAUUGCUUGUUCAAGGUUAUAAUCUAAGUAUCUGGGAGUUAAUGAAAGCCUACAUAAGGAUCUAACUCUCCCAGUCUUUGCGUGUGCCUGAAGAGCUGCAGUGUUACCUAGGGGCUUAGUAUGUUUAGGGUUGUCUACGCAGGCACUGCCAUUAACUCUUGUAUGUUGGCUUUAGCUUUGCCCCCGUGGACUGUGCUCUGCCUGCUAAUUAUAAAUCUUGGCAUUCUUUGGUCGAGCGGAGGGAGAUCUCUACCUGUAACAAACGUAGAUCGUGUGUCUGUGAGCAGUCCAAUUGUAAACCCCACACGGAAAUGCGCGCAGAGGUGUUACUAGAGUAUAUGAAAAGGCUUUGAUGCUCGAUUAAAGGAAAUGUAACAGACUAUUAUUAUAGAAAUGAUGGAAAGAAUUUUUUUCUGAAUUUAGCCCGAUAUACUGCCAAUCCUCUUAGGACUGUACUGAGAACUACUGCACCAGGAGAACAGGCUUCAGAUAAUGCAAAGCGCGUUAAUUUUAACACAUGCAUACUUCGACUCCGUUUGCCCAAUAUUGUAUGUAUGAAUAGGAGUCGUAAUAAUAUGUUGAUAUUUCCUAGCGAUAUUGUUCCUAUGUAUAACAGGAAGGGUACGUAUAACCUGUGCACAAAAAUUCAUCAUGAUGAUACUUAACCCUCAAUUUAUUGAAAAGAACAUCUCUUCAAUUUGAAGUUUUCAUCAAAGCAAAUGGCUAGAAAUGCCAAAAGAUGUGAGAAGGAGGAAAAGGCUGAGAAGUUGAAAUUAAAAAAAGCAUUGCAGAAGGGAAAUAUAGAAGGGUCGAGAAUUCAUGCUGAAAAUUCCAUUCGUCAGAAAAAUCAGGGUUUGAAUUUUCUGAGAAUGAGCGCUCGUGUUGAUGGUGUAGCAUCUCGUGUCCAGUCUGCCAUUCAAAUGAGACAGGUUACUAACUCUAUGGCUGGGGUUGUAAAGUCUAUGGAUUCUGCCCUGAAGUCAAUGGAUCUGGAGAAGGUGGCUGGUAUUAUGGACAAGUUUGAACGUCAGUUUGAACACUUGGAUGUGCAGACCCAAACAAUGGAAGAAGCAAUGAGUGGAGUGACAACACUAACUGUUCCUGAGGAUCAGGUCGAGUCACUUAUGCAGCAAUCUGCGGAUGAGGCAGGGUAAGAAAUUAUUACUAUGUACAUAGUAUACAUACCAAGAACUUGCAGUUGUGGUGAGCGAAUGUGCCUAGAGAAUUAUAGGACAUUGCAGGAAAGACCUCAAGAUGGAAAUGCGAUAGGAGUAUACAGUUGUGUCCAGUAUGUGGAGGAACAAUAAACGUAUGCAUGCACACGUUUAUCUUGGGCAACCUGACUUCCUUAACUUUCUCAGCUAAACGAGCGGAAGACCGAAAUAUAGAAUCUUCUUUAACAAGUUCCAAACUGGAACCGAAUCGUGUUUCAUCUGUACAGCCAUCUUUGCGCAAUCACAGCUCGUGCAAGGUAUAGUAUACACAUCCUGAAAGUCUUUGAACACAAAGUGCGUUUUCAUUUCUUCGUUUUAUUAUUCAUUUACACGCGCAGACCCAGUCUGGUGCAGUCAAAACGGACUCAUCACUGACAGAAGAGCCACAAUCACAACCUUAUUUAUCUCUCCACACACACUUGUAAUUCCCUUCUUAGUCAGUCAUCAUGCAGUAGUUCCUCUUCUUGUAUCUCAACUAACGCUUCCGAGCUUUGUUGCUGUGUACUACAAUCCCUUACAAAAUUGGUUGCAGCUAUUACAUGCCACACUGUCAAUUAAGUUUCCAACAUACGUAAGUCAAUACUCUGAGGUUGUAUUACAGGCCUAGCAGACUGACGCAUGUAUACAUCUGUACGCUCCUACUACUACCCCACAAUACACACUCGGUCACACUUCGACAGUAGGAAUCGAUAGCAUAAUAAUACUGUUAACAUACGUGGAUGAAAUACAAUUACACACUUAUUCACUUCCUUUGCUCACACUCACGUUUCCAGCCUCAAUAUUGUAUCAAAAACAGAAGCACUCCCACUGCCUGUUACACAGCAACACUGCUUCUGUUUACUAACCCUCGGCGCGCAUGUGCAGCGAGGGUUACAGUACUAGGUCUGUCCGUCUGUCUGUCUGUCAGUCUGUUACCACGUUUUCUGCCACCACAUGCAACAAACAGGUAAAAAAGGGCCACCAGCGGGUUCAGCGCUACACUGGCUUCAUUUUUUAAAUGCCGAUUAUCGUAAAAGCUCUGCGUUCAAAAGUUAUGUCGUGAAAACCAAGUCAAGAAGCCAAUUGCUGAUUAUUACAGGGUUACCUCGACCGGGUCCGCUCGCUUUGUGUAUCUUGAAGACACAGGAAGUCACAACGAAGGGCGUGUAUCGACCUCCGCAUGCUAUUUACACUGUCGCUAGCCUGUGUCGGACUCUCGCGAACUACUAGCGCGGAAACGACGAGUAACGCAUACUAAUAGCCCAGCCCAUCCGUUAGCGACACCGCGCAUGCGCGGUUGGCCGAGGGUUUGCACUUUAAUUUAACUUGUGUUUAAUCCCUCAGGGAACUAAUUCUCUCUAAUUUACUAAGUAAUCCAGCGUUCAGAGGAUUUGCAAGUGAACUAAACUACAAGGUAGAACGGCAAAUGCACAACAAACAAAUCAACUGCACCCUGGACAGCCAUUUUUUCGAGGAA